AUGAGCUUCGAUCGAGCCAAAAUUGGCCACAAAGGAGCCACGGUGGACAGUCUUCCAGAGGCUAAUGAGUUUGAAGCUUUCAAGGAAAAGCUACCUGAAGAGCAUCAAUUUUUACACAACGCCCUUGGACUACGUCGCCUCGAUGUUGGGAAAUGGAAACUGGACGAAGGUACCGUCCCAUUGCACUUGAAACUUUUGCUAUAA